CUCAAACUUGGAGAUCAGAAAAUAAUCACUUUCACGAUGCCGCCACCGCCGCCGUACCCGUUGAAGAUGUCGACUACGGCCAAACCCAAGCAACCGAAAGCGAGCCAUUAUUUAGGGGGAAGCAACAACUUGCUUCAAGAGCGCAAGCGCAGGGAAGUCGCCGAGCGUCAAGUGAAAGAAACGAGCGCGAAUCUGCACACGCUGGCCGUGGACCUUGUGCCCAAAGUAAACGCGUUGGCCCACGCCGUGCAAGUACUGGAGUUCGAAAAUACCCAGCAACUCGACCUCGAAGCCGUGUCCCAAGACACGUUUCUCAGCUUGCAACAGCAGGUCGAAGUUUUGAGGCAGCAUCAACUCGACAUGCAAGUCAAACUUCACAAGGCAAUGGACGCGAAGCUGGAACGCGCGCAGCACGAAAUGCGACUGGAUCAUGAGGCCGUGGUCAUGACAGUGGACAACGUCAAGAUCGAAGUCGAUUCGAUGAAGGAGCAGUUAGCUAUCAUUCGUGGCGAGAUGGACUCGUUGCGCAACGCAGCGAAUGCCAAGUUGAGUCAAACCCAGUCUCUCUUGGACAACAUUCGAGACCAAAGCCACAAAGACUCGCAGCUCACCUCCCAUUCGCUCCACGAUUUGGAUAUGAAGAUUGGGGCCCUCGACUCGCGAUUGUUUGCCUUGGACAAGGAGCACCUCAAACUACGGCUGUGUCUCCCCCCAUCGCUUGCGGCUCGAACUUGCUUUGACACGUCAGCUCCCCACUCCAACGACUUGAACCCCCAGCAUCACCACCACACGAACAACAAUCACGGUUCCAGUCAACGACUGGAGCAAUUGCAUUUGGAAAUGGAAUCCAUGAUGCACGACAUGGGAACCCAACGCAGUGCCGACCGCAUCCAGUUUGAAGCGAUCUCGAAUCGUGUACGAGAAAUGGCUAAGGCGCAUCACCAAAAGCACGAGCUUGUGCUGGUGGAACUGCAAGAAAUGCACGACAAGCUCGCCCAGGCCACGACCAAGUGGCCGGUGGAAGUGGCCCAUCGCUUGGAAUGUAUGCGUCAGACCUGGGAAGCCGACAUUGCAUCGCUCAAAUUGGCAGCCAAUACGUGGGCGGCAACCACCUCCAACUCUUCCCAGGAGGCAACCAUUAUUGACGACGGGAGACAUGCAGCAACAAAGGAUUUACUUUUGGCGUUGCAAGCGCGAAUUGGGGACGCCGAGCACAAGAUGGGCAAGCUGUCGACAGCCGUACACGCCCAUCACAUUGGCGCUGGCACCCAGGUGCAUACACAAACGGGAUGAGGAGGGCUUCUUUUACACACAUAGUAGAUGGUGAAGGUGCAGAAGGACAUGGGGAGGGUGCAGGGGCGUAUAACACGGUCGCACGAGAUUGUCAUGCAACAGCUUGUCAAUUUUCACGACCUUUUAGCCGAGUUGCGGCAAGCUGUGGCGGCAACAACCCGACCCCCGACUUCCUGUUAACACGACAAUGAGCAACCAUUUUCACAACCUCUCUCCUUCGAUGCCUGGAUGAGAAGAAGUCCUGGCGGUGCCGUUGAGUCCUUCGAUAUCGAGUGAAAUCCAUCAAUGAAAAGUGAGGUGGUUGGCUAUAAUUAGGCGCCGACAUGUUGGUUC